UUCAAUUGUGUUAGCAACAUAGAUGUUUACGAUUUUGUCCAGGCUGCUCAUAGAUUACUGUUCGUCUUCAUCAAUGUGAAGCUUCCAUUAGGGUGUCAACUACUUUCAUUAGCAUUUGGACUAUCCUUUAUUUUGUUUGUCUCUCGAAUUAUUUCAUGUUUUCGUUUAUUUUAAUUUUGUGUUUUGCAAAAUAUAGCUAGACAUCCAAUUCAUUUGCUAGCUCAGUAAGAGAUAUGCUACAACGAAUAAGCCAUCGAACAGCAAUCAAAAAUUCCAGGUUCUAUCUUAUUUACUUGUCAACUUAAUUGAAUCAACUAAAGACCGUCAAUACCUUCAAUGCAUUUGGUAUAAUCAAGAUAAAGGUUGAUCUACGUAAAUAUUUGCUCCAUCAGUUGGUUCCGGUUGUCACAAGUCAAUUUGUGAUUGUAUUAAUAUCUUGUUUUACAGCCAGUUUAAUUGGCUAAGUGACAGAAAGAUGUCUCCAAACAAAUGAAACAAAUAUAACUCCACCUCAGAUAUCCACAGGAAAACAUCAAGCGAAAGACAACAGCUGACGCCAAAAGUUGAAAUUAGUCCACCAGUAAUCAAGCAACAUGAGCAACCCCACAAAAAGGCUACUCUGAUUGAAGGCAAACCAUUGACUAAUUUAUGUUCCCCUGUUAAUCAUUCAAAUUCAAUCAAACCAAAUCCAGUAUCGGUUAUGGCGAGUAACCAUAACAAUGUUGAAAACCAGCAGAACAAUAUAAACACCGCUGUUAACGCCACUACCAACAGUAACAAUAAAAUUGGUACAACCAGUCAACAGCAAGCACCGGUUUUAUUAGCACUCAAUGGAAACAACAAUAACAAUAAUUCAGCUGCAACUACAACUCAAGAGGAUUUAUUACAGCCAGGACAUGUCGUUAAAGAGAGAUGGAGGGUCGUCAAAAGGAUUGGCGGCGGUGGAUUCGGGGAAAUUUACGAGGCCAUAGACUUAGUUACACGGGAACAUGUUGCAAUGAAAUUGGAAUCAGCUCAACAACAGAAGCAAGUUUUGAAAAUGGAAGUUGCUGUUCUCAAGAAAUUACAAGGCAAAGAACAUGUUUGUCGUUUCAUUGGAUGUGGCAGAAAUGAUCGUUUCAAUUAUGUUGUUAUGCAGUUGCAAGGUAAAAAUUUAGCUGAGCUAAGACGUAGCUGUUGUUCAUCUCGAAGUGGAUCAUCAUCAGCAGCUUUCAGCUUAUCAACAACCUUACGCCUUGGUUUACAAAUAUUGAGAUCUAUUGAGGCAAUCCAUAAAGUUGGCUUUUUACAUCGAGACAUAAAACCAUCAAAUUUCGCCAUUGGUCGACAUAAUCAUAAUAAUCGAAUUGUUUAUAUGCUUGACUUUGGUUUAGCUCGUCAAUACAUAGUUGCCUCUUCAUCAUCAACUACAACAGCCAAUAGCACUGCAAAUAACAACAAUAAUACAAGUACUAACACUAAUAAUAACAAUGCCAACAAUGCUAGUAAUAACGGUAGCAUUACUAGUAGCAGUUCAAAAUCAAUUGAACCGGCUAAAUUUGAAGUUCGUCCGCCGCGAGCUGCAGCUGGAUUCAGAGGAACAGUCCGAUAUGCUUCAUUGAAUGCCCAUAAAAACAAGGAAAUGGGUAGACAUGAUGAUCUCUGGUCAUUAUUAUACAUGAUAGUGGAAUUUGUCAACGGAUUUCUUCCCUGGAGAAAAAUAAAGGAUAAAGAGCAAGUUGGCCAAAUGAAGGAACGUUAUGAUCAUAGACUACUUUUGAAGCAUCUUCCGCCUGAUUUUAAACAAUUCCUAGAACAUAUUCAAGGUUUAUCUUAUUAUGAUGCUCCCGAUUAUGAUUUUUUGGCUGCUAUAUUCGAGAAAUGCAUGAAACGCCGAGGUAUCAAAGAAUCUGAUCCUUAUGAUUGGGAGAUUCAGGCCCAAGAAAAGGAGCUGAAAGCAGCUCAAGCUUUACUUGCAACUCCGAUUACUGGUACUUCUGUACCAGCAGUGACUUCAACUCAACAACAACAAGCCCAAUCUGUAAAUCCACUUCAGCAAGCAGCCACAUCAACUGGCCCUGGUAAAGUUUACCAAGCAAUUGCUACCAAUUCAGUUACUGGCUAUUUCAGUGAAAAUACUCAAAACAAAGAUACCAACAAUCAAAUUGGUAACUUGACGCAAACCAAUGCCAACAAUAAUAAUAUUAAUUCCAAUGCGGCUGUUAAUAAUAAUAGUAAUAGUAAUAAUGUUAAUUUCAAUACUAACAAUGUCAAUAAUGCUGACAGAAGUGGUGCUCCUUCUCCCGUGCUUUACCAGGACGGAAAACCUGAAAAUACAAAUAUUCACGAUUCUGGCCAAGUAACCGGCUCUGGACAGCAAGCAUCAGUUCCUUCAAAUUUUCCAUUGGCUAAUAAACCAUCUACUUGUAGUGCUACUAAUGUUAAUUCAGGAGAAACACACGAUAAUGUCCACUCUAAAGUACUUAAAUCUAAGUCAACCACUGCUGUUACCAAUACCUCUUCUGGUGGUAUCGCUGGUAACAACAAUGGGUCUAACCAAGGAGUGACAGGUAAACCACAGGCUGUUGUAAGACGUAGUAAUUCAAACAGAGUCCAGUCAACCAAAUGUACUCAACCGCAGCCAGCUACAAUCAAUCAACAAUCAAAUUCAUCAGUUGUAUCAGCUGCUGCCGCAGCAGCCGCCGCCGCCGCCGCUGCUGCUGCUGCUGCAGACAACAGUCGUCGACAAACAAUGUUUGAUAUAAGUGUUACUCAAUUUGCGGUCGCAGAUGAUAUUAGUGCGCUUGGCUUAACUGGACAAACUGGAGCUACUCAAGGAAAUGCUAAUGGUGCUAAUUACAAGCAACUUGGUGGUGUUACUUUAAUGUCACGUUGGGGAAUGUCAUUCGAUGAAGAAAGUGAAGGUGGUGAUGGUGGAGUUGAUGAUGAGGAAGCUAAUGUUCAACUCAUGAGAAGUUCUUUCAAUGAUAGAUCGCUCAAUCAUCCUGAAUCUUAUUCUGGCAAAAUCAUCGGAAAUUCGUCUUCUCAGAAUGUCGCUGCUUCAUCGCCAAUUAUUCCUCCUUCACCUUCGCCUCCAAUCAUGGUUACCUUCCAAGGGCGAUAUCAACAUCCAUACUCGUCUCCACCUCCACCACCCCUUACAACCUCCUCAUCCCUUCAACCAAUCUCAGCAAUUCCUGUAAAUACCAUGUCACCCUCAUUAUCCACCCAAUUGUUGCCUAAUAUCACAAACAAAGAGACUAGUCAACAACCAUUGGAACCAAUUGCUCCAAAUGAUCAGGUGAAAGAUGGAGGCAAAAAUCUGGUUAACCAAAAUCUAAAAUCUAGUCAAUCUACUAAUCAAAAGGAUCCCUUGAUUUUUGAUAAACACAAUUCAGACUCACCUAAAUCACAAGCAGAAUCUCCUGAAGGUGAAACAUCAAUAGAUACUCAACCACCGCCACCGCCAUCACCACCUCAUCAACAAGUAUCACUCAAUUUAGCUCCAUCUCCACCAAAUAUAUCGCCACCUCCAGCUAUGAAGCAACUCAAAAGUCCAUUUUCACCUACCAAAGAAACUCAUGAUUCUCAUCAUCAUCAUCCUCAUUUUUAUCACCAUUCAUCUCAUCAUUCAACUAGUCCACAAGGAUCGCCUCGCUCAACAUAUCCAGAAAGCAAGGAAAUCAUUGGUCAUGAUAAUGGCCAAACCUCAAAUGAUGCAGUUAAAAUAAAUAAACGGGAUAAACGAGAGAGUAUAAGACGACGCCGAGAAUCUCGUUUAAAACCGAUCUCUAGACGAUCUUAUUCCGAUCCAGAGCAUUUCAUUGGAAUGAAUAAAGGUUCUUCAGGUCGAGUUUCUUCAGGUCAUAGUUUAAUGGCUGCAUCAUGUUCAAAUGAAAACAUUGAAGGUUUUAGUUUCCUAACUCGAACCUGGUCAUGUCCCAUUAUCGGAUGUACCAUUAGAUCAAGCAUUAGUCCACCAAUUAAGCAACAAUUAAGUUGCAAUAGUUUUAAUCAAGAAGAGAUAAUCUACAAUGUAGACAUUACUCGAAACAUUGCCAUUGUUUGUGGUGGUAAAAGUGAUACACAGUUAAACAAAUCAUCUCAAAUUUUAUCUUCUUUCAUUUCAACCUCACUUCCAAACAUUCACCUUUCCUUGGACGAAGAUAAAAUACCAUUGACUCCACCACCUCAUUUAUCAUCAUUUCAACCAACACAACUUUCAGAAUCAUCUCAACCCAAUGGGACAACAUUAAAACCAAUUACAGCAUGUUCCUCAUCAUCUAUUUCAUCAGUCUCAAAUAAACCUCCUCUGGCCAUGUCUACCUUUCUCGAUGAACGUAUCAAGGAGUCAUCCAUACAUCCCUCAAUAUUGUCAUCACCUUCAGAAUUAUCCUCAUCAGUGCUUCCCAAAAUGAUUUCUAUCAAUAACCUGGCCUUUGCUUUAGGCUUAGAGUCAGGUGAUUGUGCUCAAGUAAAGGAUUCCAGAAAGAUUAUUACCAAAACUGAAGGCAAUAAAAGUGAUGAAAUUGAAUUGAUCAUUGAACAAGUUGAGGAGAUUGAAAUUGUUGAAGAGGAAGAGGAAGCCGAGGCAGAAGACGAAGAAGAGGAUGAAGAAGACAAAAACUCAAAAGGUGCUAAGGAACCAAGUGGAGUGGGAAAAGAGGAAAUUGUACUAGAAGGGCUUGAAGAAGUCGAUGAAGAUGAUGACGAGGAUGACGAGGAAGAGGAAGAAGUUGAAAUUGUUGAAUUGGUUGAAUAUACGGAGAAGAGAUUUUCGGUUGAUUGUCCCAAUCAAGAAGAUGAUAAAACAAAAGAGAAAGGAGCUUCCUCAAUUCAUCCCAAUGAAGAUUUUGUUUCUAAAGACUGUACCUCCAAUGCUGUUGGUGUCGCUGUUGAAACUGUUGAUGUUAUUGAUAACGGUGAUGAUUAUGGACAAAACAAAUCUAGUCUAAAUGUGAUUAAAACCCCUUGCUCCUCAUCUCUUGUUACUGGUGAGGAUAAUGGGAAUAGUUGUGAUCCUAAUGAUAUAAAUGAUGAAGUCUGUGGUAAUCAUAAGCGUAACACAUUACAUGAAGUGCCCUCAUUUCCAUAUAGACGUCGACGAAGAAGACCCGAAGUGGUUAACGGUGAUGAUAGUAAUAAUAAUAAUAGUAAUAGUAAUAAUGAUAAUAAUUUUACUAAUAAUACAGUCAAUACUCUUCCAUCGGUUGUUGCAUCUUCUCACGAUUAUAUUGUUCCAACAACCAGGCGAAGAAGAUAUCGACCUUUGUCUGCACAAGACUUUCAAGACGAUGAUAAUUGAGAUUAUUAUAUAGUCUCAAUGUAUUAUUUUUUGCUUCUCUCAUUUUAAUUGAGAACGAGAAAAAAAAGAGAAAUCAUCAAAUUUAAAAGAAUCAAGAAUAUUAAGUUUUCUCUCAUCAUCAAAUCUCAUUCUCUUCCUUUAUCUCUUUCUUUCUCUUUCUCUUUUUUGAAUCCUCAAGAAAAAGAAGUCAAAGGCUUGAUUGUGUCAACUUCUGAUUGACAUAAACAUGGAUCACCUUGUAAUUAAUCGGGAAUAAUCAGCGACUGAACAUCAUUUGAAGACUCAUCAACAUACAAAUCAACCUUAAAUCUCUCAACUUACUUACCAAAGAAAUUUAUCGAUAUGGAGUUCACGAAUCCAUUUAGAAGACGAUGGCCUUUAUUUUAACAAUUUCAAUAAUUCAAGCCAAAUGGCUUUUAAUUUUAUUCAUUGAGCUGAAAAUAUUGAUCUGCAAUUACAAUGGACAUUGUU